CUGAUUCCGCGGACCUGUUGAUGAUGUUUCACUCCAAGUAAAGGCCAGCGCGGUCUGUGUCACCGAUCUGUGACAAGCAGGGCGGGCGAAAAUGACAUCGGAUAUCGCGAAGCGACAGCGAACAGUACCGUCGGCAAAAGCAUUCGAAUUUAACUGGCGCAGGCCGGUACCCGAUGUGCUACAGAAUGGCGCUUUCUUUGAUCGGCUUGAUGAGGAAACAGGGACACUGGAAACCGAUUGUUUCGUGCGUGUUGAUCCGGAUGGGUUUUUUAUCUACUGGAAAACGGAAAAUAGUGAUAGCCAAUUGCUAGAGCUUUCCCAAAUCAGUGACGUUCGGGCGGGAAGUAAACCUAAAGAAGAAAAGUUGAUCGCACAAAUCCAAGAGCGUGGCCCUGGCAAAUCUUGGGAUCGAAUAGUUACCAUAUGCAGUGGACUGGAUCUAGUCAACAUUAUCUACACACACAUGAUCGCACCAGAACCAGAAACUGCUGCGUACUGGAUUCAGCAGUUGCGGAGCCUGACUCAUAACACCAAGGCAGUCAACGUGUGUCCCAUGACACAGUUGCGCAAGCACUGGAUCCGUCUCACUUUGAGUGUCAACCCGAAGAACAAGAUACCCGUCCGUGUGAUUAUGAAAACAUUCGCAUCGGGGCGCAACGAACGUGUUGUGUUCCAGAGUUUGAAAGAGUUAGGUCUACCGCAUGGCAAAAAUGAUGUCAUCGAACCCGCAGCUUUCCCGUUUGAGAAAUUCUAUGAACUCUACCAUAAAAUCUGUCCACGAACAGACAUAGAAGAUUUGUUUAAAUCUUUAUCGAACAACACGGAUGUGCUACACGCAGACAAGAUGAUCGAAUUUCUCAACGAGACACAACGAGAUCCGCGCCUAAACGAGAUUCUGUAUCCGUUUGCUAACCGACAGACAAUAAAGUACAUACAGGAAAAUUACGAAACUCAAGAGGAAUACAAGAAUACAGAUAUGUUGUCCAUUGAAUGCUUCUACCGGUAUCUCAUGUCAGACAACAACGCUUGUGUGUUUCUGGACCGACUAGAUGUAUAUCAAGAAAUGGACCAACCACUCAGUCAUUACUAUAUCAACUCUUCACACAACACUUACCUUAGUGGACGGCAGUUUGGUGGCAAGUCUUCGGUGGAGAUGUAUCGACAGGUAUUGCUAGCUGGUUGUAGAUGCAUUGAAUUAGACUGCUGGGAUGGUCGGGGUGAGGACCAAGAACCGAUUAUCACCCAUGGGAAGGCAAUGUGUACAGAUAUCCUAUUCAAAGAUGUUAUAUAUGCCAUACGUGAUACGGCCUUUGUAACCAGCGAGUAUCCGGUGAUUAUGUCAUUUGAAAAUCACUGCAGCAAACACCAACAGUACAAGUUGGCCAAAUAUUGCGAAGAUAUCUUGGGUGACAUGCUUCUCACUAAACCGAUUGAUGGAUUUCCUUUAGAACCAGGCGCCCCACUACCUCCGCCAGAGAAAUUAAAACGAAAAAUUUUGAUCAAGAACAAGCGUCUGAAACCGGAGGCUGAAAAACAACAAUUGGAGUUAUUCCUCAAGGGUCAAACUGACGCCAUUCAAGAGGAGAAUGACAUUGCUGAAGACCCUGAUCUUACGGUGGAUGUUGAUGGGAAGUUCGGUUCGCUGUUGCUCCACGAACCAUCGGCACGAUCUUGUUAUUCAGAAAGUGGGACUAAAGGUUUAAAUGGUGAAAGCGGUCUAUCUAGUUCAAGUAACACCCCAGCCCCUCCAUCAGGUGGAAGUUCAAGCGCUGACCUGAAGCGCCUUCAGAUGAAGAAGGGUAACCUGACUGCAGAGGAGGAACAGAUGAUGAUGGUCCAAUACCAACACACAGGAGCAACGAGCAGCAUACACCCUCUCCUGUCUUCAUUCAUCAAUUAUGUCCAACCGGUGAAGUUCCAAGGAUUCGAUGUCGCUGAAGAGAAGAACCUACACUUCCACAUGUCCUCGUUCAGCGAAACCAUCUCGUUGGGUCUGAUGAAAAAUCAGGCCAUUGAAUAUGUCAACUAUAACAAACGCCAGAUGAGCCGAAUUUACCCCAGGGGAAACCGUGUCGAUUCGAGCAACUACAUGCCUCAGAUAUUCUGGAACGCCGGAUGUCAGAUGGUAGCGUUGAAUUUCCAGACACCGGAUUUGGCGAUGCAGUUAAACCAGGGAAAAUUCGAAUACAAUGGAAAUUGUGGGUAUCUUCUCAAACCCGAAUUUAUGCGCCGCCUCGAGCGUCAGUUCGAUCCAUUCUCUGAAUCUCCCAUGGAUGGCGUCAUUGCAGCAACAUGUGAGGUAAAGAUUAUAUCCGGACAGUUUCUCUCUGACCGAAAAGUGGGCACCUAUGUGGAAGUAGACAUGUAUGGUCUACCUACCGAUACGAUUCGCAAGGAGUUUCGCACUCGCGUCGUUCCUAAUAAUGGUUUGAAUCCGGUCUACGGGGAAGAUGCUGUGUUUGUUUUUCGCAAGGUCGUCCUACCAGAUUUGGCGGUCCUCCGGUUCGCUGUCUAUGAGGAAACAGGCAAGCUGAUUGGUCAGCGCGUGAUCCCUUUGGAUGGUCUCCAAGCCGGUUAUCGACACAUCUCACUGCGGACCGAAGGCAAUUUCCCUCUUUCUCUGCCAACCUUAUUCUGCCAAGUCAAUCUCACCACCUACGUGCCGGAAGGGCUAAAUGACUUGGUCGAUGCCCUCUCCGACCCGCGUGCGUUUUUGAGCAAGGAAGAGCAACGCAUGAAACAGCUUGCUAGCAUGGGUAUUGAUUCCUCCGAGAUUGCUGACGUCCCAACCACAACGGCGAAACGCACUCCAGCUAGCGGUGCAGCUGCCGCAAGUGGUCCUCCAGGUGCAGCGACCGAGGCAGGUGAUGCCUCUGGUGCAAAGAAGGAAGAGAAGAAAGACGAUCCGAAGUUCGAUCCGAUCUCUUUAAGUCUACUCCAGACUGACAAGAAUUACCAAAAGUUACUGAAGAAGCAGUCGAAAGAGUUGGAGCUUGUGCAGCGCAGACAGGACAAGGAUGCAACGGCAAUGUUGCGCAACCACACAGUAGUAACCGAUAAGUUGAACACCACUCAUGCCAAGGAACGCUCUAGUACGAAACGGCCAUCAAAAAAAGAAAAUGGACAAAGCAGUGUUCUAGAAGCAACCCAAAAGUCUCAGCUUUGCGAACUCAUGAGACAACAAGCAGACCAGUGGACCAACUUGAAGGUUGCUCAGAUGAAGGAAAUCUGCGAUCUUGUGCUCGGCUACAUUGAAGUGCGCAAGGAACUUUUGCUCCGGAUAAUGAAGGAAGUGCAAGAGGAACAAAAGCGAGAGUUACGGAUCGUCCAAGAAAGAGAGGUGAAGGAAAUGAGAGCUCAACAAACCAAAGCUUCCAUUGAAUCGAGUCGAUCUGUUAUGAAUGAUCGAAAAUUGAAAAAUAAAGCCGAGCGGGAUCGUCGCAUCCGGGAGCUAAACGACUACAACACGAAACGAUUUAUCGAUCAGCGGAAGAUUCAAGCCCAAAGGCAAGAUAAGCAGACCCAAGAACUAAAUAAGCGACACGCUCAGGAAGAAAAGGACGUAAUCGAUGCUAUGCACAAAGAGAAAGAUGACUUUAUCCGUAAGUACGAAGAGGAUCUAUUGGCUGUCAAACGCUCAACUGUGAUAUAACUGUCCACGACACCGGCUGUCAACUGGCUUCAUCAAACGACUGAUAGCUACCACCAAAAUCAAAAUAGGUUACACCAACUGCACUUCACACUACGUCCGGUCUCUGGGUUAUCACUUCAUUCCUUUGGAACCGCAUCCUAUCUGUAACCGUCGAGAGACAUUGUUCUGUCUGCAGCAGCUCAGUUUCCGACAAUAUUACUGCACACCACCUAUGUUAUUCCUCGUGUUUUCAGCUUGCUCAUUGUUGUUUACGUGAUGCACAUAAUUCCCUACGUAUAGUAAAGUCAGCCGAUCUAAUCAGGCGAAUUUCCAUAUUCUGUCAAAACUAGUGGUAGUGGUUUCGUUGGAUUUCUACAUAACCCUAGUGAGCUAACACUGGCGCCCCGCCGUUUGUGAUUACUAAUCGUCAACCUCAUAAUGUAUUCGUAUUUGUUACCGUCCCAUUCUCACUUUCGUGUCCGUAUGUCUUUUGACCAUGACUCUGAAGUGUUUUUGUACGCCAAUGUGCACACCGACAUUCAAACGGUUGUGUACAAACUAUUCCGCCAAAUUUUUGAGUAUUGGUUACCGGACGCCGUUUCCCCGCGGUCCUUACUCAAACAUUCGAUAAAAAAAACCCUACUUCCACCCUGUCAGAGUUAUGUGUACGCCAUUGGCAUUUAGCACCACAAAUUGGUGCCAAUUGUGAUAAACAUAUGCUAUCCAUCAUUGAGGAGAAUUACCCCUAAUACCACAGUCUCACCAAUUCCUCUCCAACAUCCAGCCCGACUUCUGCAUAUUUCUUAGUUCUCACCACUUCACCUAUUCGCACACAAAAAGGAACGUCGCGGGCGAGUACAUAAGGUCACGUUGUCAGCCUCAACUAGACGGCAUUGAACAGCAUGUGCAAUUACAAUUUCUCCCACAAAUGGUACCUGUGUGCGCAUAUUUGCUGUGUGAAAACCGGACUUCCCACCUCUAUCUUUGUACAAGCGCUGCGAUAUCUAUCACUUAUCUUUGUACACACUACCACCCGUACAUAGCCCACACAAUGUUUGUACAAAUGGUCCUCUUUGUACCACUGAUCAUUUACAAUGUUUACUGAAUACUACUACUAUUACGUUACUGGAUCAUGUCUUGUAUAUUAU